AUGGGCAUCGCCAAGCUCCCAGUUGAGCUUAUCAAGGACAUCGCAGACCUGGUCGAAUACGAAAGCGAGAUCAAUGCACUCGCCCGCACGAACAAGCAUCUGCACGAGGUUUUGAACCCACGGCUCUAUAAGCACAAUGUGCACCAUGGGGACAGCACGGCGCUAGCGUGGGGAAUCACGCACCACUCCAUGAAAACCGUCAUGCUGAUUCUCGAAGCAGGCGCGUCCCCCCACGAAUGCGAUCCGCGCAUGGACUGGCGACCAAUGGCACUGGCGGUCUAUGAGGGACAGGAGGAUAUUGUGCGACUCCUGUGCGAGCACGGGGUCGAUCUGCGUCAGGUCCGCGACUGGGUGAAUCCCCUUCACCAUAACUACUCGUCUUCCCCCGCGCAGACCAUGAGCCUCCUGGCGAUUGCGGCCAAACGCGGCCACGAGCCGCUGGUUCGCAUGCUCAUGGACUACCUGCCGCGGAAGGGCGAUGUCGAUUUCCCUGCCGACGGGCUGCGACGGACGCCGCUGAUCGGCGCCGCCGAGAUGGGCCAUCUCUCCGUGGUCCGCUGCCUGGUCGAUGCGGGCGCGAACCUCGAGGCCCGCGACACCGAUGACCAAACCCCCUUGGUUCAUGCGGCGAAAAACGGCCGGCAUGAGGUGCUGGAGUUCCUCCUGAGUCGGGGGGCUGAUCCUAACGUCAGAUCUUUCAAUGAAGCCACGCCGCCCAUCUCCGAAGCUGCCCACCAUGGUCAUCUCGAGUGCGUGCGGUGUCUUAUCAAUGCGGACGGCGUGAUGGAUAGCCUGCCAACUCUGGAAGAGACGAGUCACCCUCUUGUGUGCGCCACUAGAAGCAGGCACCCGGCUAUAGUUGAUCUCCUUCUGGCGCAGCCUCAGAGCUACGCGCAGCUCGGCACAAAUCUACGUGCGAUGCUGUGUGUUGCCGCUGCGCGGGGUGACCUCCCUGCUGUCCAGGGGUUUCUGGAAACCCCUGGUUGCCAUCCUAACUCCGUGAUCCAGUUCGUACAGGGUUCUCUCAAUGGCUCCCUCACAGCUCUAUGUUUGGCGGCUGACCGAGGCCACACAGCGGUCGUGGAGAUGCUGCUUGAGCGUGGCGCUCUGCCAUCUAGGGAGGCGAUCCUAUGGCAAGAGAUGUCUGUUGUUCAUGACCCUGAGAUGAUCAUUCGGGGGCCACACGUAAAUCAGGUCGUUAGACAAAAGGCACUUCUUCAAGCGAUUCAUGGGGGCUUCCAGCCCAUCGUUGAACUGUUACUUGAGGCUGGAGCCGAUCCGAACGACGAAGACGUCUACCAUGGAACUGGCAACCCUGCUCUUAUGGCGGCCAUGCCGUUCGAGGGAAUUUUCCAAUGCCUGCUGGACGCUGGGGCUAGCCCUGGCCGAAUGAAUGCGGAAGAGACGACGGUCGCAGCCGCGGUUUUGGGCUCAGGUCGGACUGCACUGGUGCAGACGCUGUUGGACCGUGAGUUUGACUUGCCGUUGCUCAUGGGCCGUAAUGCCAGCUUCAUUCACCAAGCCAUCGAAGGCGGUCGAGCGGUCUUUGAGCUUCUUCUGCAACAGCAACGAUGGGACGACCUGCUACUCCCGGAGAAUCUCAACAGCAUGGCCUGUGAGCAAGCUCUCAGCGUGGCGGCUUACACCGGCCGAGUGGAGAUGGUCCAGUUCCUGAUCGACCAGGGGUUUCACGCUCGUCUCGCCCGACCCCGACAGGUUGACAUCUUUUGCAUGGCGGCAAGAUCCAUGGACAGACCUGACGCAGACCCAAGCGCCAUCGUCGAUCUUCUCCUCCAAUACGGCGAAGAUAUCAAUCAAGAGGUGGGUGGACACACGGCCCUGGAUCGAAUGGCGUUCCUACGUGAUCCGCGCUACGUGCGUCUGAUGCUCCGUCACGGAGCCGACCCGUUGCCACACAGUGGCACCAGGCGGUCGCCGUUGCUUCAUGUUAGUGUGAUACAAAGCAAGGAGGUAAUCGAGGCGCUUUUGCAGGCGAUCGACGCAAAUGGCACGCCUUUGGCAGUGGUCCGGCCUUACCUUGAAGCGGCGGUGGAAGGGGCGCGAGGCAUGGGGUUCUUGCGAAUUGAGAAAUCCUUGCGGCAGUGGUAUUACAGGAGGCUAUAUCCAGUGGGUCCUUAG